GAGAAGUUUUUUGGUGUUUUUUUUAGUGCUGUGACAGAAGCUGGGAGCUUGAAAUAACCAUAAGAAUCCAAUUUUCCAUGGAUUUUAGCUGAACCCAUGUCUGGGAAUUCAUCGUCCAAGGGCUGCAACUUGAAGAGACAGAAGUUCCGAGUGUUAUCAAUUAAAAAGAUCGGAUUUUCUGAAUAAAUCCCAUUGCAAGAUUUAGUGAGAGAGACAAGAGGAAAUAGAAAAUUCUAGUGAAUUUGGUUGGUGGUUCUGAUGGAUAAUGCUGAUCUUUUCAGAGUAGGGAGCAUAAGCUUGUUCUCAAGGUCUUCUAAUGGAGAAGACGAUGAAGAAGCAUUAAGGUGGGCUGCACUCGAAAGAUUACCUACGCAUGAUAGGAUUCGAAAAGGGAUUCUCACCUCCUCGAAGGGUGAGAGAAGAGAAAUCGAGAUCGAGAGCCUCGGGUUACAGGAAAAGAAGAAACUGAUUGAGAGGCUGAUUAGAGUUGCAGAGAAGGACAAUGAGAACUUCCUUCGUAAGCUCAAGAACCGUAUAGACCAAGUGGGAAUUGAUAUACCAACCAUUGAAGUUCGGUUCGAGCAUUUGAGUAUUGAUGCCAAAGUUUUUGUAGGCCAAAGAGGCCUUCCUACAAUACUCAAUUUUACUCUCAAUGUGAUUGAGGGAUUUCUGAACUCAUUGCAUAUUCUUCCAACUAAAAGGAAGCCACUAUCUAUAGUUCAUGAUGUGAGUGGUAUAAUAAAACCGGGCAGGAUGACACUACUUUUAGGCCCUCCAAGUUCUGGGAAGACAACUCUACUGUUGGCUUUGGCAGGAAAACUUGAGUCAGAUCUUGAGGUCUCUGGUAGAAUUACUUAUAAUGGUUAUCAGAUGAAUGAGUUUGUUCCUCAAAGGACCUCAGCUUAUAUCAGCCAGCAUGAUCUCCAUAUAGGGGAGAUGACAGUAAGAGAAACUUUAGCUUUCUCAGCAAGAUGCCAGGGUAUUGGAGCUAACUAUGAUAUGUUGGUAGAGUUGUCCAGAAGAGAGAAGGAUGCAAACAUAAAACCAGAUCCUGAUAUCGAUGUAUACAUGAAGGCUGCAGCACUUGAAGGACAGAAGACCAGUGUAGUUACAGAUUACAUAUUGAAGAUAUUAGGCUUGGAUGUAUGUGCGGACACCAUGGUAGGGAAUGCAAUGCUGAGAGGAAUAUCAGGAGGCCAGAAGAAAAGGGUAACAACAGGGGAGAUGCUUGUUGGGCCUUCUAGGGCUCUCUUCAUGGAUGAGAUAUCCACUGGUCUAGACAGUGCCACUACUUACCGAAUAGUGAACUCCAUAAGGCAAACAGUUCAUAUACUCCAUUCGACGACUGUCAUAUCCCUGUUGCAACCAGCUCCUGAGACCUACAAUCUUUUCGAUGAUAUAAUUCUUCUCUCUGAUGGUCAGAUCGUGUAUCAGGGCCCUCGUGAAUAUGUGUUGGAGUUUUUUGAAUCAAUGGGAUUCAGAUGCCCUCAGAGGAAAGGAGUUGCUGACUUCUUGCAAGAGGUUACAUCAAGGAAAGAUCAGGGACAGUAUUGGUUUCGCAGUAAUGAGCCUUACAGAUUUGUUCCUGUCAAGGAAUUUGCAGAAGCGACCCAAUCAUUUCAUGUUGGAAGAAGAAUAGGAGAUGAAUUGGCCACCCCAUUUGACAAGAGAAAGAGUCACCCUGCUGCCCUUACAACUUCCCAAUAUGGUGUCAACAAGUUGGAACUUUUGAAAGCAUGCUUCUCGAGGGAGCUGUUAUUGAUGAAGAGGAACUCGUUUGUCUAUAUCUUCAAAUGUAUGCAACUUACAAUAGUCGCAUUCAUCACGAUUACUAUGUUCUUCCGCACUGAAAUGCACCGAAACACAGUCGGAGAUGGAAGCAUCUAUCUGGGAGCCUUGUUUUUUGGGCUCACUACUGUCAUGUUCAAUGCAUUUGCUGAACUCCCCUUGACCAUUUCAAAGCUUCCAGUCUUCUAUAAACAACGGGAUCUUCUCUUCUUCCCUGCAUGGACCUUUGCACUACCAACAUGGAUUACCAAUAUCCCAGUAUCAGUCUUGGAAGCCAGUGUAUGGGUUUUCAUAACUUACUAUGGUGUGGGCUAUGACCCAAAUGCUGGCAGGAUGUUUCGGCAAUACCUGCUACUUGUUAUGGUAAACCAGGCAGCUUCGGGUCUUUUCCGGUUGAUAGCGUCACUAGGUCGAGACAUGGUUGUAGCAAACACAAUAGGGUCCUUCACUCUUCUUCUUUGCAUGGUGCUUGGAGGAUUUGUUAUCUCACGAGACCACGUGAAGAAGUGGUGGAUAUGGGGCUACUGGAUGUCCCCCAUGAUGUAUGGACAGAAUGCAAUGGCAGUGAAUGAAUUCCUAGGGAGAAGUUGGCAGAAAGUACCUAAUGGAUCAUCAUUAUCACUGGGAAUGCAAGUGUUGAAGAACCGGGGACUGUUUAUGGAAGGCUACUGGUAUUGGAUUGGGAUAGGUGCAUUGGCUGGUUACACGAUCCUCUUCAAUGGCCUCUUCACCUUGGCUCUCACAUAUCUCGAACCAAUCGGUAAAUCCCAAGUAAACAUAACUGAAGAAGAACUGCAAGAGAAGCAUAUGAAUAGGACCGGUGAAAAUGUCACUUUGAAAUGCUCAUCUGUGCCGCCUUCAAGAAGAAGGGCCUUUACUGAAAUUGCAGGAAGGACAGAUGAAAUCAUGUCAUCUGAUUCAAUGCCGGCUCAGUCAGAUUGCAUGGCUUCAGGUCCAGAGGGGAAGAGAGGCAUGGUUCUUCCAUUUACUCCACUCUCACUCUCCUUUGACAAUAUCAGAUACUCAGUGGACAUGCCAAAGGAAAUGAAAGCUGAAGGUGUGACACAAGAGAGGCUAGAACUCCUCAAGGGUGUAAGUGGGGCGUUUAGACCAGGAGUUCUAACUGCUUUGAUGGGUGUUAGUGGAGCGGGCAAAACAACAUUGAUGGAUGUUUUAGCUGGAAGGAAAACUGGUGGUCAUAUUGAUGGAACUAUCUAUAUAUCUGGUUUUCCCAAGAAGCAAGAGACCUUUGCUCGGGUAUCUGGGUACUGUGAGCAAAAUGAUAUCCAUUCUCCCCUAGUGACUGUUUAUGAGUCUCUUCUGUACUCAGCAUGGCUUCGGCUUCCUACUGAGGUCAACUCCAAAAGAAGAAAGAUGUUUAUUGGGGAGGUAAUGGAGCUCGUAGAGAUGAAAUCAUUAAGAAAUGCUCUUGUGGGGUUGCCCGGUGUGAAUGGGCUCUCGACUGAACAAAGAAAGAGACUCACCAUUGCUGUGGAACUUGUGGCCAAUCCCUCCAUAAUUUUCAUGGAUGAGCCAACCUCUGGUCUAGAUGCUAGGGCUGCUGCCAUUGUGAUGAGAACAGUUAGGAAUACUGUUGAUACUGGAAGAACUGUAGUGUGCACUAUCCACCAGCCUAGCAUUGAUAUAUUUGAGGCCUUUGAUGAGCUAUUCCUCAUGAAGAGGGGUGGUGAGGCAAUAUAUGUUGGCCCCCUCGGAUCCCAUUCUUGCCAUCUCAUUGAGUACUUUCAGGGAAUCAAUGGAGUCAGCACAAUAGAAGAAGGCUACAAUCCUGCAACAUGGAUGUUUGAGGCCACAUCCGAGGCACAAGAAGAUAUUUUAGGAGUUGAUUUUGCUGAAAUAUACAUAAGUUCCAAUUUGCAUAGGAGAAGCAAAGAAAUGAUCAAAGAACUGAGCUCACCACCCCCAGGCUCAAAAGACCUCUUCUUCACUAUGCAGUAUGCUCAGCCAUUCCUCACUCAAUGCUUGGCUUGCUUAUGGAAACAGCACUGGUCAUAUUGGCGAAACCCCCCUUAUACAGCUGUACGAUUAUUAUUCACCUUUUUCAUAGCAUUGCUAUUUGGGACCAUAUUUUGGGGUCUUGGUUCAAAAAGGGAUAACCAGCAGGAUCUCUUCAAUGCCAUGGGUUCCAUGUAUGCUGCUGUUAUGUUCAUUGGCGUUAGUAAUGCCUCCACAGUUCAGCCAGUUGUAGCAGUCGAGAGAACUGUAUUCUAUCGAGAAAGGGCAACUGGAAUGUAUUCGGCUUUACCAUAUGCUUUUGCACAGGUUGCUAUAGAGAUUCCCUAUGUAUUGAUUCAGGCACUGCUCUAUGGGGUGAUAGUGUAUGCAAUGAUUGCAUUUGAAUGGACAGCUGCAAAGUUCUUCUGGUACCUGUUCUUUAUGUUCUUCACACUUUUAUACUUCACAUACUAUGGCAUGAUGGCUGUUGCCAUGACUCCCAACCAGAACAUUGCAUCCAUUAUGGCUGGAACCUUCUAUGGAGUUUGGAACCUCUUCUCUGGCUUCAUGAUUCCUAGACCGAGUAUACCUCGAUGGUGGAGAUGGUAUUCAUGGGCAUGCCCAGUUGCAUGGACAUUGUAUGGCCUGGUUACUUCUCAAUUCGGAGACGUUCAUACCAAUUUAGAGGUUGUAGAUUCCACCACUACGACCCAAACAGUGGCCGCAUUUGUGAGUGACUAUUUCGGAUUCGAGCACGAUUUCUUGGGAGUGGUUGCAGCUGUGAUCGUUGGGUUCCCAGUGCUUUUUGCUUUCAUCUUUGCUUUCUCGAUCAAGUUUCUGAAUUUCCAAAAAAGAUGAGAUUUUGGCGAUAGUCCACAGGAGAAACAAAUCAUCUAAUAGAGGCCAACAACCCAAAUGAGAAGAGAAUCAUUUCAUCUCACAAGGGUUUCUGACAAAUUGAAUUGCUUGAGAGAAGUUGCCCGAAUAAGAUGACCUACUGUUAGUGUACAAACCUUUGGAUGUAUUUUGUAAUGAAAACUUGGCUUUCUAAUGAGUU